AUGCCUGUGACGAAUUUCUCCACUGAGGAGAAGUACGAGUAUCUCAAUGGAUUUGGGUCCCUUCAUGAAUCAGAAGCGAUCAAAGGGGCUCUUCCUAUCGGUGCCAAUUCUCCACAAAAAGCGCCGUAUGGCCUGUACGCCGAGAAGCUAUCCGGCACUGCGUUCACAGCACCUCGUCAUGAAAACCUCCAGACUUGGCUUUACCGUAUUAUUCCAGCUGCCUCACACUCUACAUUUGAGCCGUUAAAGCAAAACAGACCUGACUCUGGAGGCAAACUUCACCAAAUCCCGAAUCAGUUGCGAUGGGAUCCGUUUGACAUCAACAAUGAGACAGAUUGGAUCAGCGGCCUCCGACCAGUCGGUGGCGCCGGGGAUCCUAGCAUGAAAACGGGUCUCGGAAUUUUCAUUUUUGCUGCUGGUCGAAGCAUGGAUUCCAACAUGGCCAUGUAUUCUUCUGACGGAGAUAUGUUGAUCGUUCUCCAGCACGGUGUGCUUGAUAUCAAGACCGAGCUAGGCAACCUACUAGUCCGGCCCAACGAGAUUGCCGUUAUCCCACGCGGUAUCAGAUAUCAAGUCAACCUGCCCAAAGGACCGGUCCGAGGAUACAUCCUCGAGCUUUACCAGGGCCAUUUUGUACUCCCAGAAUUAGGCCCUAUCGGUUCCAACUGUUUGGCCAACGCACGAGACUUUCAAGUUCCGACGGCAGCCUUUGAUGAGGAUGCAAGCCAGUGGUCAAUUGUCAACAAGUUCAACGGGGAUUUCUUUAUCGCAACACAGAAUCACACGCCAUUCGAUGUUGUAGCCUGGCAUGGCCAAUACUACCCAUACAAGUAUGAUCUUGGUCGCUUCUCUGUCAUAGGCAGCAUCUCGUUCGAUCACCCAGAUCCGUCUAUCUACACGGUUCUCACCGGUCCAUCGGACCACCCGGGCACAGCUGUGGCUGACUUCGUGAUCUUCCCGCCUCGUUGGCUUGUGCAGGAAGACACCUUCCGCCCUCCAUGGUACCACCGGAACACCAUGUCUGAGUUCAUGGGCCUCAUCUGCGGCGACUAUGACGCAAAGACUGGUGGCGGCUUUCAACCUGCUGGAGCGAGUUUGCAUAACGUCAUGUCUGCCCAUGGCCCUGAUGCUAGCACGUUUGAGCGGGCGUCAAAUGCCGAGUUGAAGCCGCAGAAGAUCGGCGAGGGAAGUAUGGCUUUCAUGUUUGAGAGCUCUCUGAUGAUUGGAGUGACGGACUGGGGCUUGGAGACAUGUCAGAAGGUUCAGAAAGGAUACAGUGAAGAUAGUUGGACGGGACUGGUGUCCCACUUCAAAAGGCUAGAGUAA